UUCAGUAACGCGCUUUCUCUUCCGGUGGUAUUUGGACGGAGAGUUGACGUGAAAGAGGUGCCGUCACCUUUGGCAUUCCUGAAAGCUAUCGCCUUAUCUUUUAUCGAAAACCUAGCUCGAUCCUACCGGCCGGCGCCUUGAUCUCCGAUGGGCACACCGGCGUUCCCCAAUCUGGGAAAGCAUUGCAGCGUCGAAGACUGCAAACUCAUUGACUUCCUUCCCUUCACCUGCGACUGUUGUGAUAAAGUAUUCUGUCUGCAACACAGAAGUUACGCCAAGCACUUGUGUCCAAAUGCAAACCAAAUGGAUGUAACCGUGCUUGUUUGUCCACUUUGUGCUCAAGGUGUCCGUCUUGUUCCAAAUGAAGAUCCAAACAUCACUUGGGAUCUUCAUGUGAAUGGCGAUUGCGACCCAUCAAAUUAUCAAAAGGUAACCAAGAAGAAACGGUGUCCUGCUCCUGGAUGCAGAGAAAUAUUGGUUUUUUCGAACACAAUUCGAUGCAAGGACUGCACCCAAGAGCACUGCCUGAGACAUAGAUUUGGCCCUGACCACAAUUGCCUUGGACCAAGGAAACCUGAUACAGGCUUUCCAUUCAUAGGUGUGCUGAGGAGUCAGAAGGGUAAUUCUACGCCAAAUCAAACUUCAAAUGGCUCCUCAAAAUGGAGUUUAGGCCUACUGAAUGCUGCAUCAAGCAUAAGAGCCUCUGCUGAAGCUAGCAUGCAGAGACUGGCUAUUGCAACUAACCAAGCUCUGCAUAAGGCCAAAGAUGGAAUGGCUCAGGGCAGUGGUGCAAAUGGUGAUCUUGUUGAAAGUUGCAUUCACUGUCAUGCAAGAUUCGCCAAUGUUACUUCUCUAAUUGAGCAUGUAGAGAAAGUACAUGAGAGUAAAGUAAAACAAGCUCCCAAUAGAGUAAUAGUUGAUGUUUGCCCCAGGUGCAGCAAAGCAUUCAGGGACCCAGUAUUGUUGGUGGAGCAUGUUGAGAAGGAUCAUGGAGGCUUCUCAAAAUCUUAAUGCUUAACUGGUCAACUGAAACUUUGUGUCCUUUGCCACUGUACAGUGCAUUCAGCUCAAGGCUAUGCAGCAAGUAUUGUUUUUCUGCAGAAUAUUCUCUACUUAUCAAAGAGCAUUCUUUCCAAACAGGCUCACCUUAUCUUUACCUUCUCCAUACGACAAGGGCGAUUGAUUACAUUAUAUGCACGACUGGACUUUGUAACGAUCUGAUUGCAACAUAGUCCUUUCGGUGUUCAUUUAUAGCACAAUUUUAGUUUAUAUUAUUUAAACAUAUUUCUUCUA